CCCCUACGUCAUUGGCUACGUACUCCCGGGUGGAGUCGCUGCGAGUGUCGUGUGGGACGGGUUUGUCGGCUGUGAAACUACACAUUUGUCAGUGGUACAAGAAGGGUGUAUUACCAUGCGUUAUGAUUUGGGGACGAUUGUGCUUGCGGCGUUGAUAGCCACCGCCAACGGCGCGUGCGACACCAACACCCUCUUCUUCGGUGACGUCAACUUAUCAACUGUACCACCCUACCAGCUGACCGUGGUCUCCGCUGUGGGAACCUACGUCCUCGAACCCAACAACGUCUCCCUGGUUGCCUACCGACACAUCGGCAGACCGGAUCAGUUUCUUCUACAGGAGCCGACAGCAGCGGCGCAGAAAAACUGGGUUGUGGCAACACUGCCCGAUAAUAAGAAGCCGGCUGAAGUGCAGCAUGCGUACGAGGCUUGGCCGGAGGCGGGGAACAUCCUCGCACGUGGAGAGUUUGAAGGAGAACCGUGGGCCCCCGGUGCUGGAGCAUGGGAGGUGAACGAUUGUGACGAGGGCCGCACGCCACUGCCGUCGCUGAGUUUGUCGUGUGUGGCGCCCACGUUUGGGCAGUGUGCCACCGAGCGGUGGCUUGUGGUCGAACCAGACUCGUCGUUCGUGGAUGUCCUGACACCGGCCGAGAAGGAGGUCCAGAGUCAUGGCCGACGGGAGUUCCAGUCACCGUCGCAGCGCGUGUACGUCGGAGAUGAUGGCCGCUGGAGGCUGGCCUCCAAGAGCCCGGCGAAGGUGAAGCUCGUGUCCACGACGACGGCGGAGAGGUUGGAACACGUCCGGGGAUGGCGUGCAGUUAGCGAUGCUGGCGCCGAGUCGGAGACAGAGAUUAAGAUCGAGUGCGAGCCACUCAGAUCCGGAGGGACCGACUCGUGUGCCGCCAACCCCUGCAAGAACAACGGCACGUGUAUCGCGGUACCCGACUCGCCGGGCGCCUACCACUGUCGCUGUCAGUUCGAUAGCGUCAGUCUCAACUGCGAAGCGGUGCGGGAGUGUCGCGUGCCCAAGCGGGUCGCCAACGCGCAGCUGCUCUUCACCAGCGACCUCUCGCCCCAGGGUAAGGCGUUCUACCGGUGUGAUGUCGGUUACUACGUGAAGAACGGCACCGGCUCGGCGGGGAAUCGCACCACGAACAGCGCCUUCGCCACGUGUGACGGACGUAGCUGGAACAACGUGCCCACGUGCGAGCCCAUCACCACCACCGUCACCAUCGAGGCUGCCUACGUGCACCACUGCAACUUCGACGCCGGCUGGUGUGACCGCUACCAGUACGGCGCCACCCUGACACCCACCGGGCGCACCCUGAGCUGGGAGCGUACCGCCUCGCAGGAGGAGGGCCGCGGCCACUACGCCAGCGUGCGUCACUCGGGACCGUCUGCUGAACGCCAGCUGGGUGUACUCCAAACGCCGUGCAUGUUCGUACCCACCGAAGGCUGCGUCGCCGUGGAUGUUCUCCUUGAUAAAAAUGCCACGCUUACGAUCGUGGACGACGAUGAAGUCACUCUCUGGAGAACCGCCAGCGAGACGCAAUGGACGACCGCAACGCUGACGCUUCCUCCCGGCAGCAACCGGCUCUCGUUUGAGGCAGUUCUGGGACGCACCGGAGCGAGAGUUGCCGUCGAUAAUAUUCGCGUGUUCCAGUGGAAUUGCGGUCAGGUGACCAAGCUUCUCUUCCCUCCCCCUCCGUCUUCUCGAUCGUCGGCGUCAGCAAUGCUCGAGGCCGUGACGCCUCUGCUUUCGCUGCUGGCACUGCUCGCCUAUAGCAAGAUGGCCGGCGUGCUGGCUGCCUAAGAUGACCGCGUUGAUGGCUCUACCAAGAUGGCCGUCGUUAAAACGGCCAAUACCAAGAAAGCCGACGAGCUUACAGCAAAAAAUACCAAGCAAGCAUGCUGAGAAUCGCAAAGAGGGCUAUAGUUACGGCAUCCGAUUCACUGGCGAAUCGCAGCUCGCGACAAGGAGUGCUGAAAAGCAGGGCGGUCGCCUAAUAGAUGUCGCAAUUGGGAAAGUGAUCCUGGCACCUGACCAUGCUGAUACGACCUGCACCUUGAUGCCCACGCCCGAGGUUCUGUCAAACCGGUUGGGUGUGCAUUGCUUAAGCUGUUUAUGUGCAGGUGCUGUCGGAUUGCAAGCUUUCCAUCAACCUGCGGCUGCCUUGAGGGUCAUCUUUAGUUCCCAGGAGCAAUGCUUACCAGAGAAACCCAGUAGCUGGGAUCAGUUGUAACGUAACCAGUUAGCUAAUUCGCACUAACUCUUUUCGACUCAUUAUUUUUAUUAGACGGUGUGAAUUUCCAGACACUAAAUGGGCCUUAACUACCUAAGGGUCCAAUGUCUUUCCCUGGACCUUGAAGAACGUACAUUGUACAAUCCAUACUUAAACCUGAGCCAGUUCACUGUCUAUGAGGACCUUUUAUUACACAUGUUUAUCCUUUUGUACCGAGAUACCAGCGCGCAGGGCCCACUUCAUUCGACGUGCAUUUUUAACAACACUUUUAUUGGCCAGUAAUUACUCAUUAGACUAAUGCGUCGCGGUAGAUGCGGACAGGGACCCGUACGGAUUGGCUUUACUGUUUGAACAUUUGGAACAAAUGCCUUUCGCUCGGCGGCAGAUUGGUACAGGAGCUCGAGGAAGGCCGCAACGGCAACUGCGCUAUACAGUGCCCAGGGCCCUGAAAACAGUGUCCAGGUAUUUGGCGUCAACGCCAUUUAGGGAUGAUGUCCCGUUGUUUUGAUUAAGAGUGGACCCUUUUGAGAGAGAAAAGAAAUAUUGCCUCAAAUGGACCAUUCAGCUCGUCGAAAUUAGUUUAAAGUAGUCUUUUGGCUGUCGUAGUAUAUAGGUCGUAUCAGUACUUUGCCAUGUCCCACAACUAGGCCAAUUUUGGCCACAUGUGCGGCCUCCUCAAAAUCACUUUUAAAUCGACCUCGUGUAAACUUUCUAUCAGUUUCCCGAAAAUGCAGAAGCGUGAAUUAGCAAAUCUUGGCCAGUCCGCAUUAGUCGGCUUUCGUAUCAACCGCAACGACGGGCUCUCUAAAGGUCAGCUCUCCUCGCCCGCACGUCUGUUAUACAGGCUCUCAGCGAUCAAUGUGCUGUGACGUCACUGUGUCAGUGACGUCAUCGGGGCUUUAUAAGCGACGCUUUGCCUCCAGGGAUGCCGUUGGACUGCGGAGUUGAGGCAUGCGAAGGCUGACUGACGCUUUGAUGGAACUCAUGUAUCUCUAUUGCGGUUUCGAUCUCUUGGACUUGGUCGGUACGCUUCAGCGCAGGGGACAGGCUUUCUGUGAACGUCGCAAGCUUUAGCUGUGGGCAGGGCUGCGGAGUCGGAGUCGGAGUCGGAGUCGGAGUCGGUCGGAGUCGACAGUUGUGACCGGAGUCGGAGUCGAAGUCGGAGUCGAUUUUAGAAACCCGAGCCGGAGUCGGAGUCGGAGUCACCGAAAAUCUGUCGACUCCGCAGCCCUGCUAGGUCUGCGGAGUCGGAGUCGGGAGUUGGAGUCGUUCGGAGUCGACAAUUCUGCCCGGAGUCGGAGUCGGAGUCGGAGCUGGUUUUUGAAAGCCGGAGUCGGAGUCGGAGUCGCCGAAAAUCCAUCGACUCCGCAGCCUUGGCUGUGGGUCGUCUGUAAAACGUUCGCGAAGAGCUUUGACGACUGGUGAUGUUAUAGGCUUCAGCUUGAGGUCGCUUCUUUUCUCUUUCUGCAUUUUUGCAGGCGCUGUGUGUCACACUGACAGUGCUGUUUUGGUCGCUUGAAGAGCUCUUAUUACAGAGCUCAGAAGGUGUGGCCGCAGACACGGUACGAUGGCUGUGUCAAGAGGUCUGAAAAGGUCACACUGCGCGUGGACGCCGCCGGUGACCUUUGGUCCGUGCUGGUAUCUUGGAUUGGCCAGCAGCGGUUAGUUAGUCAUUUCUGGCUGAAAUGUGUAUUUUUGCGCUACUGUGAGUGUGGACUUUUUGUCUCGGUUGCCGUCCACUGUUGUCCGUGCGAUGCGCAUGUUUUGUACCGCCAAUGGCUUUUCUGUCCGAAAGCUUCACAUUCAAUUAAAUCCUAAUAUUUCUAUCGCUAACCUAGCCAUUGUGUCACGCGUUGUCGUAAAAUUGCUAAAUGUUGCUUGUAAGAUUGUCGGUAAGCUUUUUAGGUGCUCCGUACCUGCUGUGCUAUCACACCCGUCUGUGUUCUGAUAUUGUGACGUUAAUAAUCCGAUCACAUGUUAAUCACAAUAGCCAAUGUACUCCGCUUUGUGACUAAGCUGUUAAACAUUUAUAAGAGCACUGCGCCGAUGAGACUUCAUGUACCGCAUAGCACGUGCUCCGCAGUUUUAGUACAACUGCGUGUAGGUAAGUGUGCGCGGCCCGAUGGGCUACCCGGGCUAUAAGGCUAAUAAUGGCAUCAGUCUUAUGGCCUGAAAGCGCAUUACCGAGUGAAAUGCCGGAACGGGUCAAUUCGCUUGACAGAAUUGGCUUCGGUUAGUGGUAGCCGGUCGUCUAACUUCGGUUGACAGAGCUGCAGGUUGUAAUUUUUUCGGUGUUCGGCUUAGGUACCUGAUACACUCCUGUACAUUGUGUUUUGAACCUAAUAUUCUUGCCAUGUUUUUUCGGGUCAAAAGAUGUGUGUGAUCGUCUUUACCCUGAUUUUUCAUUCUCGCACCAUUUGGUGGCUGGUUAUUGUGAUGCCGUACGCAUACAGUUGUUCUAAAAAGAAAUCAAUAAAUGGAUUAUUUUAA